UGCGCGCCAACCCCAGCCUUCUCCCGCAGCGACACCCAGAACCCCUCAGCGACACGCGACUGCCCAUCUCCCAGCGUCGUCCCGCCGACAGGGAAGAAGGACAGCCGCCUCCAGCGCGGGCCGACCCUGGGGCUGCGCGCUGGGGCCCGAGCGGCCAGAGCGUCGGCGCCACCGCCUAGUGCACACCUCCGCCGCCGAGCUGAGCUGAGCUGAGCUGAGCUGAGCUGAGCCGAGCUGGGCCGGGUCGUCGGGUCUGACUGCGCCAAGCACCCGGGGGCUGCAGCGGUGCCCUAAGGCCAGGUGCCACGGGCCACUGUUCAGGCAGGGGUGUGCAAGCAAGGAAGCAUGAGGACUCUGGAAGACUCCUCCGGGACAGUCCUGCACCGCCUCAUCCAGGAGCAGCUGCGCUAUGGCAACCUGACUGAGACACGCACACUGCUGGCCAUCCAGCAGCAGGCCCUGCGGGGUGGGGCUGGGGCUGGGAGCACAGGGAGCCCCCAAGCCUCCGUGGAGAUCUUGGCACCCGAGGACACUCAGGUGCUACAGCAGGCCACAAGACAGGAGCCCCAGGGCCAGGAGCACCAGGGCGGUGAGACCCACCUGGCAGAGAACACCCUCUACCGGCUGUGUCCACAGCCCAGCAAGGGUGAGGAGCUGCCCACCUACGAAGAAGCUAAAGCCCAUUCGCAGUACUACGCGGCCCAGCAGGCAGGGCCCCGGCCACAUGCAGGGGACCGAGAUCCCCGAGGAGCCUCAGGUGGCAAUCGGAGCCAGGAUGAGGCACUGCGGGAGCUGAGGCAUGGGCAUGUGCGCUCCCUGAGUGAACGGCUCCUGCAGCUGUCCCUGGAGAGGAAUGGUGCCCGGGCCCCCAGUCACAUGAGCUCCUCCCACAGCUUCCCGCAGCUGGCCCGCAAUCAGCAGGGUCCCCCUCCCAGGGGCCCCCCUGCCGAGGGCCCAGAGCCCCGAGGACCUCCGCCUCAGUACCCACAUGUUAUGGUAGCUCAUGAGACCGCCACUGCUGUCACCGAUCCACGGUACCGCACCCGAGGGAGCCCACACUUCCAACAUGCUGAAGUCAGGAUCCUGCAGGCCCAGGUGCCCCCUGUGUUCCUCCAGCAGCAGCAGCAGUACCAGUACCUGCAGCAGGCCCAGGAGCACCCCCUGCCACACCCAGCAGCUCUCAGCCAUGGCGCCCUAGGCUCCCUCAGUCCACCUGAGGUGGAGGGGCCGGCAAGCAGCCAGGCCUCCUCAGCCCCCUCGGGUGGCGCCCACCUGGCCCAGAUGGAGGCCGUGCUGAGGGAGAAUGCCAGGCUGCAGAGGGACAAUGAGAGGCUGCAGAGGGAGCUGGAGAACUCAGCAGAGAAGGCUGGCCGCAUUGAGAAGCUGGAAAGUGAAAUCCAGCGGCUCUCUGAGGCCCAUGAGAGCCUGACGAGAGCCUCUUCCAAGCGGGAGGCCCUGGAGAAGACCAUGCGGAACAAAAUGGACAGUGAAAUGAGGAGGCUGCAGGACUUCAACAGGGAUCUCCGAGAGAGAUUGGAAUCUGCAAACCGCCGCCUGGCAACCAAGACACAGGAGGCCCAGGCAGGCAGUCAGGACAUGGUGGCCAAGCUGCUUGCUCAAAGCUAUGAGCAGCAGCAGGAGCAAGAGAAGCUGGAGCGGGAGAUGGCCCUGCUUCGCGGCGCCAUUGAGGACCAACGGCGGCGGGCGGAGCUGCUGGAGCAGGCUCUGAGCAAUGCGCAGGGCCGGGCUGCGCGAGCAGAGGAGGAGCUGCGCAAGAAGCAGGCCUAUGUGGAGAAGGUGGAGCGGCUGCAGCAGGCCCUUGGGCAGCUGCAGGCCGCCUGUGAGAAGCGGGAGCUGCUGGAGCUACGUCUGCGGACACGCCUAGAGCAGGAACUCAAGGCCCUGCGCGCACAGCAGAGACAAGCAGGCACCCCCACUAGUGGGAGUGGCAGUGGUGGGUCCCCGGAGCUCAGUGCCUUGCGCCUGUCGGAGCAACUGCGGGAGAAGGAAGAGCAGAUCCUGGCGCUGGAGGCUGAUAUGACCAAGUGGGAGCAGAAGUACUUAGAGGAGCGCGCCAUGAGGCAGUUUGCCAUGGACGCGGCCGCCACGGCCGCUGCCCAGCGUGACACCACCCUCAUCCGACACUCCCCCCAGCCUUCGCCCAGCAGCAGCUUCAACGAGGGCCUGCUCACCGGCGGCCACAGGCAUCAGGAGAUGGAAAGCAGGUUGAAGGUGCUCCACGCCCAGAUCCUGGAGAAGGAUGCAGUGAUCAAGGUCCUUCAGCAGCGCUCCAGGAAAGACCCUGGAAAGGCCACCCAGGGCUCCCUGAGGCCCGCCAAGUCCGUGCCAUCUGUCUUCGUGGCUGCCGCAGCAGGGAACCAGGGCUGGCAAGGUCUCUCCUCUAGUGAGCGGCAGGUGGACACCCCUGCCCGGCUGGCUGCAGCAGACAGGACCCCCGAGGAGGAGCCAGUGGCCACAGCUCCCCUCCCUGCCCAUGCCAAACAUGGGAGCAGAGAUGGGAGCACCCAGACCGACGGGCCCCCGGACAGUGCCGCCGCUUGCCUGGGACUGGAGCCGGACAACCUCCUGGGGUACAGCGGUGGCCAGAGGACAGCCUCCCUGGACUCUGUUGCUACAUCCAGAGUCCAGGACAUGGUGGAGAUACUGAUCUGAAGGAGGUCGUGCUUGGGCAUUCUGAACCAAUCCCCUGUCUCCUGCCCUCUGCUCUCUCAGCCAUUCCAGCAGCCCCUCCAACUGCUGCUGCCCCACUGUCCCCAACCAGGCACUCGUUCCCAUUGACUGUCUGGUGCCAGGGACUUAGGAAGGAUGCGACAGGGGUGAGGGGAGCUGUGAGAGCACCUGCACCCAGAAGACCCUGCUUCUCAGCCCCACAUCCCUCCUGGGCCCAUGCAGAAUGAGGAUUCUCGGGCAGGGAAGGAGGGGAUCUCUUGGUCUGAGGGGCUGAUUUCCAAGCAUGGUUGCCCUGGACACCAGUAAUAAGUCAGCUGUAUUGUGCCCCUGUGGCUAGGUGUGGUCCCUGCCAGCCUCAUCUGCUCCUCAGCUCCUCACUGCCUCUUUGAGAUCACUGAGACUUGGCAUCUCUUGGGAACUAUGAAGGGUGUUAGUCCUGCAGAAGCCACAGCCUUGCCCCCUCACUUGGAGUGGGUAGGGGCCAUUUAAAUGGACUGAGAUAAGCUGUGCAGUUUGUAUAUAAUUCCCUUUCUUGUGGAACAGAAGAUUGAAGCAAGCCGCUUCAGAUCUGUCCCCUCUCCCCUGUCCUUGCUGCCAUGGUUCCUGUAACUGCCAACUGGCCUCCCAGCUCUCUCCCCUUCUCAAGUCCUUGGCCCGUGGAUUUUGAUACCGUUGAUCCACCUGACAUUGGCUGUCUUUUCCUGUUUUAAUGCCCAUGGAUCCCUAUCACCAGCCUCCUGAAAUGGCUCCACAGCUCCUGUCCCUGGGAUGUCCUGUCGGUUUGAUUAUGAGCCCUGAGCCAGAUGAAAUGAGCCACCACACCCACACAUCUGCCAUGGGGGGCUUUCCAGCUCCAAUUCCCUUGAAGGAAACUGGAGAAGCUGCCUUGUUCUCAUCAGUUUCUGUUCCCCCAUGGAGGACGUGGGAGUAUGGUGGUGCAAACUAGUCAGUGGGCUACCAGAUGUGACUCAGACUGUCUUCUGAUUGGAGCCCCCAUCACAAAAUGGCACCUGUGAGGCUGGCUCCUCAAGUUACCAGCGAGCAGCACCCUGAAAAGCAGGGCCCAUGCUUUGGAAGGACAGCAAAACAUUCACAUGACCCCCUGCCGGCAGCAGUUAUUUUGACUUCUGGUCUUAGAGAGUCCCCAGCUCAGCCCCAGGGCUCGCUGGUGGCUUUUAGUAGUUUGUCUUGACUGUUUUUAGUUCUCCUUGAAUCUUUCUUUGUUUUUUUUUCCUUUACUGUUGUUAGGUUCGGUAUGUGUUCUUUUACUCCCAUGAUUCCUCAAGUUUCCUUUUUAAACAUUUGCAUUUGCUGGACAAUUGCAUAUUUUUUUACAUCCCCCUACCCUUUAAAGCUGAAAAAUACAUUUGGUUCAUGUGCAUUGUUUACAAAGCAAAGAGAAAAGAGAAAAAAAGGCAAAAAAAUAUUGUGAAAGGAAAAAAAAACAACUUAAUAUAUUUUGGAUUAAUAUUUGGUAUUUCUUUUAAAGUAUUUUUUGUGCUGUGAACAUUUUCUGCCAAAGACCAUGAUGUGUGUCUGUAUGUUUAAGUUAUCGUAAAUAUUUAAAACAUAAACAUGGCUGUUUUGUUAUGCCACCCUGUACCAGGAUUGCUGCUGCAUUCCAUUGGGUAUAACAGUAUUUUAAUAAAAAAAAAAAAUAAUUAAAAGCGGUGUCUGCGCCCAA